AGAGAGAGAAACAGGGAGAAAGGAAGGGAGCCGGGCUGCAGUUUGCUUUUAGAUCUGAGUGGAGAAGCAGGAGCGCGAUUCAUUCCCGGAUUGUUCCUCUUCGUGUCAUUUCUACUCCCGUGGAUAUUUUGUUGGGAUUUAAAAAAAAAAAAAAAAAAAAAAAAAUAGUCCUCUAACAAGAAGACGACAAGGAUCCUGAUUUAUAGUUUUCUUGGGAUUAAAUCGCCUCCGGGUAUCUCAUGCUGUUCGUGCCGGUGUAGAAAGUAGAUCUGAGCUUGCUAGAGGUCCGAAACUGUUUCAGUCUGCGAGUUGCCGUCUUUGCUUGAAGGCUCCUGGUUUUUGGAUUAUGUCUCCAAGUAUAUUAUGUUAUGCUAUUAUGUUUUUCACCGUUUUCGUUCGUUCGUAACAAACAUUUAGUCAGUCAAUUACGCUGCGAUCCUGGAUAAUAAAUCACAAUCUCACCCGCCUGGUCAUUCACAGCACAUUCGGCUCAAUGAAUGCAUUUUGAUCGGACUCCUGCAGCAGUGCAUUUAUUGCGCGUUAUUAUUGUUUUAAAUGCAACAAAAUAACCUUCCCUCUAAUGUUGCGGGUUUGCCACACAUGCUCGUCUAUUGGCUGUGCAUGCAUUGCACGGCAUUUCACCGAUUUUAAUGGUUUGCAAUGACCGUAAAAGUAUCUGUAAUAUUCGGAUAUCCGUGCAAGAAUAAACCCCUCAUAUAGAUUUUCAAGUUGUCGUAUGUUCAGGACGAAACGCUCAGGUCUUGUGCGGCGACUCUGGAGAAGCCGUUUGAUCCCAGAUAAAGAAGGGGAAGAUGGAAAUGGCACAACUAGCGAGCGCUGUCGGGACGAUCUGUUCGGAAACAACCCAGAGAAAAUUCCCAAAAGGGAGCUCACACCGAUGACCCCUAGCGGGUCUCCCGGAGGGGACAUAGGGGGUCUGUGCGCCCGGAGCCCCGUGGACAGCAGCGGCUUGUGGCUCACGUCGGACCGCGAUGGGGCUGCAGUGUGCGUCCAGGAGCAAGGGAGCCCCCGCUCCACGCAGGACAGAGAGUGCAGGACGGUGACGUGCUGCUUAUUCAAAGACCGGGACCACGCCGAGCUCGCGGGUCCAGAGGCGGCCACCCGGGGCACCGCGGAACCAGCGUCGUGUCACUUCGUGCUGAGGAACCUCGGACCGCGGGAUAGCGGCUCCCCGGAGGCGCAGGAGGCGAUGCCGCGCACGGUGUUGGAGCAAGAACUGAAGUCGGCCACAUACUCUCUUUUAAAAAGGCUCAAGGAAAGGGCGCUGGAUACCUUACUGGAGGCAGUGGAGUCCAGGGGGGGAAUGCCCAGCGACUGUGUUAUGAUUCCCCGGACAGAGCUGAGGUUGGGCGGCCAUGUGGCAUCCCCACAGCUGCUGGUGUGUAAACUGUACCGCUGGUCCGACCUCCAGCUCUCUGCGCAGCUCAAGCCGCUCUGUGAGUGUAAGAGCUUUGGGGCUCUGGACGGUCCGACGUUAUGCUGCAACCCCUAUCACUACAGCCGGCUCUGUGGGCCAGAGUCACCCCCACCUCCUUAUUCAAGGCUUUCCCCGAAUGAAGAACACAAGCCACUGGAUCUGUCAGACUCCACAUUGUCUUACACUGAAACUGAGGCAGCCAGCUCACCAAAUACAACACCAGGGGAAUUUUCAGAUGCCAGUAUGUCGCCUGACGCCCCGAAGCAGAGCCACUGGUGUAAUGUGGCGUACUGGGAGCACCGCACGCGCGUGGGUCGCCUCUACACGGUGUACGAGCACUCCGUCAGCAUCUUCUAUGAUCUACCUCAGGGCACGGGCUUCUGCCUGGGCCAGCUCAACCUGGAGCACCGCAGCAGCACAGUUCAGCGCACGCGAGGCAAAAUCGGCUACGGCAUCCUGCUCAGCAAAGAGCCGGACGGUGUGUGGGCGUAUAAUCGCAGUGAGCACCCCAUAUUUGUCAACUCCCCAACCCUGGACGUGCCCAACAGCAGAACUCUGGUGGUGCGGAAGGUUAUGCCGGGCUACUCCAUCAAGGUGUUUGACUAUGAGCGCUCGUUCCUCCUGAGGCACACCACGGAGGUUGACCUCUUGGACGGACCCUACGACCCCAACAGUGUGCGCAUCAGCUUUGCUAAGGGCUGGGGCCCCUGCUACUCGAGACAGUUCAUCACCUCCUGCCCCUGCUGGCUGGAGAUCCUCCUCAACAACCAUAGAUAACACCGACGGACACCCACAAACUAUCCAAAAUAUCAUCUACCUAGAUUUAAUAUAAAGUUUUAUAUAUUAUAUGAAAUAUAUAUUAUACUUGUAAAUACGGAGUCAUUUUUACAAUGUAAUUAUUUAUGUAUGGUGCAAUGUGUAUAUGGACAAGAAGAAACAAACGGAAAUGCACUUUGGCUUAUAUAUAUUAUAUAUAUAAAUAUAUAUAAAGAAUCUUUCAAUACCAACUUGAGAAAUUAUUCAGCAAAAUUAGGAUGAGCCUGGAUGCGGUGUAUAGUUUUCAUAUACUAUUAAUAUCCAGACAAAAAGCUAACACCAUUCACACAUUGAUAAUAAAGGAUUCGCAUAAUAAAUAUAUUUGAUUUGUCUGUAUCAUUAGUCCUUUGAUAACAAAUGGUAACACUGCUCUCUGAUUCAUUUUCAGGAUGUUUUAACAAGUGUAUUGAUAUCUCAAGGUCACCAGGUCACGCUUAUGAUUUGUCUAAAAUGCCCACCAUCACACAUCUUAGUAAACCAUCAUGUAUUAUAGUGGUGUAUUUUACUGAAAUAAUGUCCUUGUGUGGCAUUUUAAGUUUACACAGGACAAGCCUGGGAAGGUCUGAGUUGAACUUGCACUUUUCUUUGCUAAACAGAAAAUGACCGGAGCAAUCGUUUCACAGUUUAUUUACAACGGCAAUUAAAAAGAGUAGCACUGUGUCUUCACCAGUGGGUAAAAAGCAGAAGCAAAUACUGCAUGUUCCUUGCUGUGAAGACAAGCAAACUCAACUGAUCCACAUGUCCUUGAGGUCCCAGGGAGCCCCUGUAGUGAGGACACAGAGGAGACGGUGCAGCAGUGGACAGCGUGAAACUGCUCGGCCCUACACACAUCGCUGGUCCCGC